AUGCAUUUCUCGACACUUGUUCUGCUUCCCUUGUUGGUCGCGGCCGACCAGCAGGCUUUGAAAGAUAAGGCCGCAGGAUGGUUGGAAAAAGCCAAGGCCUACAUCCCCAGCGGACCUCCGCCCAGCUUGAACCUGAACCCUAUCGACGUCGGCGCAGCCAAGGUCGAACCAAAAGUCGUCGAGAGAAUCAACAUCCGGAACUGGGAGCGCAAACUGUCGCCCAAGCCUGACACCGAGGAGGAAUGGCUGGUCCUUUUUACCGGUGGCAACAAGACAUGCUUUGGCCGAUGUGACACCGUGAACCAAAAAUGGGCUGAAUCCACUCCUCUCCUAGCUGCGCUGCCUCAGCCCGCGGGAUCGCCUGCCCUUCAUCUUGGCUCGGUCGACUGUGACAAGGAGCAAGUCCUAUGCACCGGGUGGGCGGCCAACUUACCGGCCGUGUACCAUUUCAGCGUGCCCAAGAAGUCGGAGCCGCAAGCCAAAGCUCCCUUGCAUAUCGUCCCCUUGAACAUGACCACUGUCACGGUGGACGAUAUUGUUUCCGUCGCCGCUGCAUCCAAGGCCCGUUACCUCGAAUACCCGGAGUACACCGGGUUCCUGCACCCUUUUGAUGGCUGGGUAGCCAAGCUCAGCCUCCUGCAGCCCCUUGGCUACGUCUUGUGGGGAUUCGGUAGCAUGCCUAGCUGGUUGAUGAUGAUUAUCAUCAGUUUCGUCUCGAGACAGAUCAUGAGUCGCAGGAUGACGGGCGGACAGCGCGCCCCGGCUGGCGCCCCGGCCCAGGCUCCCGCUCAACAAGCGCAAACGCCGACCAGGCCUGCCCAGGCCGCAGGCGCAGCGCCCAAGUCCGGUGGAGGGAGAAAAAGGAAGUGA